GAGCGAAAGCACUCUUAAAUUGUUAAAAAAACAUAGCAAAAAUGAACUUUUUGCAACAAAAAAAUUAACUUUUGACAAUUUCACAUUUAUUCCGGCCAGCGGUCUUAUGUAAAAGCCGCCAUUUUGAUUCCUCCUGGAUUCCGUUCUUGUUCCGUUCUGUUUGGCGGUCGAAGGAAAGCAGCAUAGAUCUGCAGAUGAAGUUGUAUUCGUCAGUCAACAAAGAGUGAAAGAAUUCAACUUAUCUAUCACUUAAAUGGCAAGGCUUAUAGUUUUUCGGGGUGUCUUUAACAAACUGGCAACAGCAAACAAGCCUUACACUAUGAAUUAUUUUGGUAGUGGGCGUUUGUUACGGAAUUUCAAAUCUGCAAGAUUCUCAAGCUCAACUGCGGGAAAUGAAAGAACGAAACAAGAACAGAGUAGAGAAGAACGCAUUCGUAGAGAAAAGCGUCUCGUAGGUCUAGUCAUCGGAUCAUCUGUGGGACUCAUUGGUUCACUUUAUUUCCUGUUCAGAAGACUUACUCAUGCAAAGGCAGACAGUAAAACUCCUUCCAUUGAUUUGAUGAGUGAAAACAACAUGGUUGAAAAUCAGGAAGAGGGCAACGAAGAAACAGACGGGAAAAGAAAAAACCAUAAACAGGGAUUCAGGGAAAGAAGGAUAAUUGAAUAUGAGAAUCGAAUCAGACAGUACAGUACUCCAGACAAGGUGUUCAGAUACUUUGCAACUCUAAAAGUUGUGCAUGUUGGGGAAGACAAUGAAGUGUUUAUGACGCCAGAAGAUUUUGUGAGAUCAUUAACCCCAGGGAAAAUGCAACCAGCUGGGUUAGGACUUGAUGAACAUGAGAGAUUCAACCCAGAGAAACACAAGUACAAAGGCCAUUUUUCUGAACACUUGGGACAAGACAGUGUUUUCUUGAAGAUGGGAGAAUUUGGGCUCAUUUCAUUUUCUGACUAUAUCUUUCUUCUCACAGUUUUAUCACUCCCACCAAGAAUGUUUGAAAUUGCAUUUCAAAUGUUUGAUUUGAAUGGAGAUGGUGAAGUGUCACCUGAUGAGUUUGAAAAGGUUCAGAAUAUCCUUUUUAGCAUGACACCAACUGGACUGCGGCAUCGUGAUCAUGCUGUGACUGGCAGUGUCCUUUCUGCUCAUGUGAACAGCGGCAUCAAGGAAUACUUCUUUGGAAAAUAUUUAGAGAAGAGGCUCACUGUGCAAAGGUUCAUUCAGUUCCAAAAAAAUCUGCAACAAGAAGUAAUGUACCUGGAGUUCAAUUCUUAUGACCCUAAAGAUGGUCAGAUUACAGAACGGGACUUUGCAGACAUGCUUCUAACUUACUCUAGUUUUCAUGAGAAGAAGAAGCAGAAAAUUCUGAGAAAAGUAAAGAAACAUUUUAAAGAAAAUUCUCAGGGAAUAACAUUCAAAGACUAUUUGGAUUUCUUUCGUUUUAUGAGGAACAUUUCUGAAGCUGAGUUGGCUUUAAGUUUCCACAAUGCUGCAGGCAAGCCCAUUGAUCCAGCUACAUUCAAGCAAGUUGCUAAGACUGUGACUGAUGUAAACUUACGCGAUAAUGUGGUUGAUGUUGUAUACAAGAUGUUUGAUGAAAAUGAUGAUGGAGUUCUAAGUCACAGAGAAUUUAUUGUUGUCAUGAAGAAUCAGCUUGUCAGAGGAUUAGAAAAUCCUAAGGACACAGGAUUCAGCAGACUCCUGCAAGCCAUUUGGCACUGUGGAAAACAUUUCACUUACACAACACUGCAUCCUAAAGGAAUAGCAGCAUCUAAUGAAUGAACAAUGAUACCAUACAAUGAUAACCAUGUUUGCCAAUUUUAAAUUAUUAAUAUAUGAUUAGCUCUUGAGAGAGAGGUCCCAGUGUCCAGCUGUCAGCCAUAACGUCCCUAUUCAAUGCAUUGUUCCGGAAAUUCUUCGUAUCCCUCCCUAGAAAGGCAUUUUGGGUUGAGCCCCAUCCCUCGAAUUCCUGCUCAGGAUUGAAAAUUUUUUUAUUCCCGCUUCGUAAAUCUGGAAUAAAGCUGCGAUGUAGACCUUUUUCAUAAAUGGCUGCCAAUUAAAAGUUCUUUUGUAUGCAUUAAAAUUAGUUCAACUAACCUCGUUUGAG